ACCCCAACGACCUGGGGGGGGGGGUGGUGACGGACGUCGCGAAUUUCCGCGUGCGGGUGGCGCCCCCGUGUGGCCGCGACAAAACCAAACGAAUCCACGGGCCCACCACACAUCACGGGGGUGGGUGGUGCUGGUGGGGUUCGUUCGCCGUUUGACCUCCAGCCGACGACUGCUUUAGCCGACAGCCGCCCAAUGUUGAGCAGGGUCAGGCUCAGGGUCCGCGUUGGAGUUGGGGGUUGGAUCCCGGCAUGGCAGAGCCCCAGGCGCCAGCUUGUGGCCGCGACGGAGAGGGCAGGAGCGCGCCGAGGAGGAUAUUGCACAGCACCGUCUACCACUUCGUCGUUGUCGUCGUCAGCGGCGGCGGCAUCGCCAACCUCCAAGGAGGUGCGAGAGACGUUCGUCCGCUUCUUCAGGGAGAAGCACGGACACGCGUUCGUGCCGUCCUCGAACGUGAAGCCGCGGGCCGACCCGAGCCUCCUGUUCGUCAACGCCGGCAUGAACCAGUUCAAGCCGCUGCUGCUGGGCAGCGUGGACCCGCGGAGCGAGCUGGCGCGCUGCACCCGCGCCGUCAACAGCCAGAAGUGCGUGCGCGCCGGCGGCAAGCACAACGACCUGGAGGACGUUGGGCGAGACGUCUACCACCACACCUUCUUCGAGAUGCUGGGAAACUGGUCCUUCGGAGACUAUUUCAAGAGAGAGGUUUGCCAGAUGGCUUGGGAGCUGCUGACGGAGGUCUAUAGAAUCCCCAAGGAGCGUCUGUACGUGUCAUAUUUCGGAGGAAGCCAGGCCCUGGGGCUCAAAGCGGACGAGGAGUGCCGGGAGAUUUGGCUGCAGCUCGGCGUGGCCGCGCCCCACGUGCUGCCCUUUGGGGAGAAGGAGAACCUAUGGGAGAUGGGCGAGGUGGGCCCAUGCGGCCCGUGCUCCGAGAUCCACUACGACCACGUGGGCGGGCGGGACGCGAGUGGCCUCGUCAACGCCGGGCACCCGGACGUGGUGGAGAUCUGGAACCUGGUGUUCAUGCAGUACAACAGGGAGGAGAACGGAAGCCUCCGUCUCCUGCCGCGCCACAACGUGGACUGCGGGAUGGGCUUCGAGCGCCUGCUGGCCGUGCUGCAGGGCAAGCGGUCCAACUACGACACCGACCUCUUCACGCCCAUCAUGAGCGCCAUCCACAAGGGCACAGGCGCGCGCGAGUACCGCGGCCUGGUGGGCGAGGCCGACGAGGGCCACGUGGACACGGCGUACCGCGUGCUCGCCGACCACGUGCGCACCCUGGCCGUGUGCAUCGCUGACGGCGUCUACCCCGGCAUGACCGGCGCCGAGCUGGUUCUGCGACAAAUCCUACGUCGCGCGACGAGAUUUGCCAUCGAGACGCUGCGGGCCCAGCCAGGGUUGCUGGCCAGCCUGGUGCCCACGGUGGUCGACAUCCUGGGCGACACGUACCCCGAGUUGAACAGAGAGGCUCAGGUGGUGAUGGACGUGAUCAAUGAGAACGAGGCGGCGUUCCUGUCCUCGCUCUCCCGGGGCCGGCGCCUAAUGGAGCGGACCGUCGCCAAGAUGGGCACAGCGAGCGCCUCCUUCCCGGUGGACGUGGCAUGGUCGCUGCACCGCGGCCUCGGCUUCCCCUUCGACCUCAUCCACCUCAUGCUGGACGAGCGGGGCCUCUCGCUCGACACGGUCGCCUUCAACGAGCUUGAGCGGGCGGAGCUGAGGAGAGCGCAGCAGCAGAAGCAGGAGGGGGAGAAGGGAGAGGCCCCCGGGCGAGAGUCUCUCCUGCUGGACGUGCACGCACUGGACGAGCUGCGCAGCAGAGGUGUCCCCGCCACCGACGACGCCGCCAAGUACGCGUACGAGCUGCGCCCCGACGGCCGAUACGAGUUUGCCCGGUGCUCGGCGCGGGUCGUGGCCGUGUGGCGCCGGCCGGGUCUGAGCGACGUCGUGGGGGCCGGAGAACGCUGCAGCCUCGUGCUCGACGCGACCUGCUUCUACAGCGAGCAGGGCGGCCAGGACGGCGACACCGGCGUCUUGCUCGCGGUCGACGCCGCCGGGCAGCAGGACAUCGUGGCCAUGGUAGAGGACGUGCAGGUGUGCGGGGGGUUCGUGCUGCACCACGUCGUCACACGUGACACCGUCCGCGUCGGGGACCGGCUGCUCCUCGCCAUCAACGAGGAGCGCCGCCUGGGCUGCAUGAUCAAGCACACGGCCACGCACCUCCUAAGCCAGGCCCUGCGCGACGUCCUGGGCAACGCGACGCAGCAGAGGGGCUCCCACGUGGCGGCCGACCGCCUCCGCUUCGACUUCUCCACCAGGACGCCCGUGUCGGUGGACCAGCUCCGCUCCGUGGAGGCGGCCGUCUGCCGCCUCGUGUCGGCCGACGAGAGGGUGUUCGUGGCGGAGGCCCCGCUGGCCUCAGCCCGCCGCAUUCCGCACCUGCGCUGCGUGGACGAGGACUACCCGGAGGAGGUGCGCGUGGUGUCAGUGGGGACUCCCGCCGAGCAGCUGCUUCGACAGCAGCAACACACGGACGGCGCUGGCUCCGUGGAACUCUGCUGCGGCACUCACCUACAGCGGACGGGGCUCAUCGAGGAUUUCGUGAUCGUGUCUGAGCGAGCAAUGGUCAAGGGGCUGAGCCGCGUCGUAGCCGUCACGGACCGGGAGGCUCGCGAGGCUCGCCGGACGGGAGAGGCGCUGGCGCAGCAGGCGGACUCGCUGGGCGAGCGGGUGGCCCACGGUGCGGCCUCGCUCCCUCGUCUGCUGGGCCUCUCCAAGGAAGUGGGCCAGCUCACCGACGUUGUGGACAGAGCGGUGAUGCCUCAGUGGCAGCGGAAAGAGCUGCAGCAAAUGCUCAAGACCAUGCAACGCAAGGCCAACACAGCGGUCCGCAAGCUCAGGACCUCUCUGGCCGAGAAAGCCGCCGAGACGCUGGCGGAGAAACACGCGAACGAGACGCUCAUCGUGGACGUGAUGGAGGCGGAAAACCUGUCGGUGCUGGUGAGGACGGUGAACGAACUGAGCAGGGCGGUGCCUGACGCCCGCGUCCUGCUGAUGAGCAUUCAGCCCGGCGGGCAGCUCCUGUGCGCCUGUCAGGUGCCAAAGGAGAUGGUCGAUGCAUUCCCAGCGCUGGACUGGGCCCAGGCCGUGUGCGGUCCCAUGGGCGGGAAGGCGAUCGGCUCCCAGUUCCUGGCCAAGGUCUCGGCCACAAUUGGAGACCACGGAAACAGCACUGCCGCGAUCGUAGACGCAGCUCUCCGGCGUGCGAGGGCGGAAUCGUGAUGGCCGCCAGUUUCACCACAAACUUCCUCUCUCUGCUGCUCAAGCUUCAGUCCAGAGCCCCACAUCUGGCCCAGCUUUACAAGUCUGAUGAUCUUGAUAAUGCGUCUGCUGGUUUGUGGGGUUUGAAAAUCGGAUGAGACGUUUGACAUUUGCGGGCUUGAAAAGAAGUACUGUGACUGAUCAACAGAAAACCACUUGGCCAUGAGGACUUGGCUGUUUGGAAGAGACGUCAAUGCGUCUGUAUGUGUACUACGGGUUUUCUUUCGGAGAAAAUCUCAACUAGGCCACCACAGCAAUAGACAAUCAAUGUGCGGCAUCACGCAUCCCGUUUAAACCGGCCCCAUGUACCACGCAUACAGGGGCCCAUGAGACGACGCCUCCCCGUGCACCGGCAUCCACAAACAAUCUCCCGGGUCGGAACCGACAUCGCGUCUGCGGGCUUCCCAGCCACCAGGGUCCAUGCAAUGUGCGUUGGUGACCGUGCAUCUCCUCUGAAAAAGCAUCAGUGUACCCCGCCGAGCAUAAAUCAAAGAACAUGUCCUUGUGUUUUUUUGUCAAAACAUGGUUUAUUAAAAACGGCUCGCUGAAUAGACACGUAACGUGCUUCACCUUUGCCUUAUAAAGCUUUUCAUACAGGUAGCAUUCCAAAGGGGGCUGCUCAUCAACAAUGGUUAUGUGAAUUGAAAAACGAUUGUGUCACAUACCGCAAAAAGGUUAAUUGUUUUUAUAUUACAAAAGGCAGAGUAUUACUCUAUUGUCCCUUUCGUUUAAGGCUUUGUUGUUCUCAGCAAAAAUAUCGAUACUGAGGACCAAUUACAGACUGGAAUGAUUCAACCCUGUAGAAAUGUGAUGCAUGGCAUGAAUAAGGUGUGGCAACUCAAGGCCUAAAUCAAAUAUUUCUUUCUCCCCGUAUAAUCGUGAAUGUCUUUAUGGACAUUUGGUAAACGCAUUUUUGAAAUUAAACUGACAGAAAUGGACACUAUAGACUACUAAUCAACCUUGACAUUGGGUGCAAGUAACAUUGGUGACUUUGAAAGUAUGCUGCACAGCUACCGACAGUAUACCCCCAGUAUCCUUCCCAUCUACACUCAGACGAGUACAGCCUUGACACAUCUGCUAGCCGUUUGUCUCAAUUUUUUCUGCUUGCACUGUAUGUCUUCUACACUAUUUUUUUGCCUUUUGUUGGCACUUUUUGUCUGGUCUCGUCUAUCUACCCUCACCGGUCUGCUCUGGCAUGAACACAAAAUGAAGAUCGGACGCAACUUUACAUUAAAUGCAGAAGCAACAUUUGAUUAAGGAAAACGAUUCAAUGCGUGAAUGCAUCAAUCUUGACAAGAAUUGACUUUCAUCAACGCAUCGUCCAGUGAUUCAAUUACAUGCCCAGUUUGGAUCACCCUUGCUAGGAUGGCGAGAAGAUCAACGCGCCAAGAGCCCCCUUUAGGAACUGCUGAUCUCAGCCUGUGAUCGCUUGGGGACGCAAGGUUUCUUAAACCCAGGCCAAGCUUUCACAUCUCAAUGUCAGAAAGCUUAUGUUUGUUCAUCAAUCCAUUUGUAUUUUUUUCUCUCCAUAAAAGAGCAAAGGGCUCAAUGUACAGCAGAGAACACGUAGAAAUACGACGUACAAUACUUGCGUAAAAGUAAACAAGUUGUAUACAAAUUCCACUGAAAUGCAACAAAAACACACAUUCUUCAUUUAAAAGCAUAAUGAGUAAUGACUGCACUUGUCUGCACGAGCUAAGGUUACUAUGGCAUAGGCAGCGGGGAAAAUGAAUGUGUGAUGGCAAUUGCAGCACUCAGCUGGUAAGGGUAACACACAAAGUGGGUGAAUGUUAUUUAAAUCUACAUUAACACAGACUACUGGGUCUAAACUGGCGAGAAAUUCAUCACAGGCAACUAGUAAAAAUUUGUUUCACUUCGUAGCACACGGACGCACCCUCCAGGAAUGUAUGUUGUGAAUUUGAUGAUGUAAAUUGAUGUUUUGUGUUUAUAAAAAGUAGAGGCAAUAAAAA